AUGCCAAUUGCUGAAGGCACAUGGGUGAGAUGGUUGAAGGCUAUAAGAAGGAGAGCCUUAAACGAGAAUCCUAUAAAUCUCCCAUCUUUACCGAUGCCGUCUUGCAUUUCUGCUUGCAAAAUCAACAUGAAGCUACUCUCUAUUCUCCUCUUUUCCAUAUUAUUUAUCUUUCCUUCAUUCCAACACGCAUCAGCUGCCUGCCACGUAGAUGAUGAAGCGGGUCUAUUGGCAUUCAAGUCGGGUAUAACUCAUGAUCCAUCGGGCAUUCUUAGCUCGUGGAAACCGGGUACAGAUUGCUGCUCUUGGGCAGGCAUUACUUGCCUCGCCGACAACCGGGUCACAGCGCUAUCGCUUUAUGGGCAACCCGACAAACCGAAUGGAUACUUAACGGGUACAAUCUCACCAUCUCUAGUCAAAGUUCAAAACCUUGAUGGUAUUUAUAUCCAAAACCAUAACAUUACGGGUAAAUUCCCGGAUCUUUUAUUCGGGUUACCCAAACUCAAAUUCGUUUACAUAGAAAGCAACAAGCUCUCCGGUCCAUUGCCGACUAACAUUGGCAAGAUGACCCAGCUUGAGGCUCUUGGUUUGUCGGGGAACCAAUUCACUGGGUCAAUACCCAGUUCAAUAUCCAAGUUGACUCUGUUGACUCAGCUUAAACUCGGUAACAAUCGACUCACCGGCCCAAUUCCUGUUGGAAUUAACAAGCUAACGAAGCUGACUUUCUUGAGUCUACAAAACAACAAACUCACUGGCACCAUACCUGAUUUUUUCGCAUCAUUUACUAACCUUAGGAUUCUUGAACUUUCACAUAACAAAUUUUCUGGAAAAAUACCAAAUUCAAUAGCCUCCCUAGCACCAAACCUUGGUUAUCUUGAACUGGGCCACAAUGCAUUGAUAGGAACAAUCCCAAGUUUUCUUGGAAAGUUUACGGCAUUAGACACACUUGAUCUUUCUUGGAACAACUUGACAGGAACUGUGCCAAAAAGUUUUGGAAACUUGACAAAAAUAUUCAAUCUCGAUCUCUCUCAUAACUCUCUUGUAGACCCAUUUCCUGUAAUGAAUGUUAAAGGUAUUGAGUCCCUUGAUUUGUCUUACAAUAACUUCAACCUCAUGCAAAUACCAAACUGGGUCACUUCAUCUCCUAUUAUUUACUCUCUCAAGCUUGCCAAAUGUGGGAUCAAGAUGAACUUGAAUGACUGGAAGCCAAAGGAGACCUAUUUCUAUGACUACAUUGAUCUUUCUUACAAUGACAUAUCAGGUAGUCCAGUUGGGUUGUUGAACAAGACAGAUUAUCUGGUUGGUUUUUGGGCUUCAGGGAAUAAGUUGAGGUUUGAUUUGGGGAGUUUAAAGAUUGUUGAAACAUUGAAGAUCUUGAAGUUGUCAAGGAAUUUGAUUUAUGGUAAGGUGCCCAAGUCAGUUUCUGGGCUGGAAAGUUUGAAUUUGAGCUACAAUCAUCUCUGUGGACAGCUUCCAGCAACAAAAUUCCCUGCUAGUGCAUUUGUGGGGAAUGACUGCCUGUGUGGUUCUCCACUACCUCCUUGCAAGGUGAAUGGAAAGUAA